AUGACAAAUAUUCGUCAAUGGAAACAAUUAGGCCAAUCGUUUAAUGUUUUACCAAAUCCACAUGCAAAAUGUAAUGCACUACUUGUACCUUUACAUCAUACAAGCACUUCACAUAAAAUUUUAUCGAAAAAAAUGAAAAUUAUUAGUGAUUCAUUCAAAAUUCUAUCUGUCGAAGAAAUUAGAAAUCCAUACUUGGAAGAAAUCUAUGAAGGUAUGAAGAAAUUAAUAGCUCAACAAUGUCCAGGUUUUAAUCCAAAUGAACAAGAACUUUUUCAUGGUACAAGUGAUGAUGGAAUUACAGGAGUAUUAGAGUAUGGCUUUGAUGAUCGAUUUUUUAAUCCAAAUGGAGCUUGGGGUCAUGGCGCCUAUUUCGCUGAUGAUCCUCGAAAAUCGCAUAACUAUACAGAUGCUGAUACAAUAGAUGGAUCACGCGUCAUAUUCUCCAAUAAAGUACUGUUGGGAAUUGAGUCGAUUCAAUCGGCUGUCGAUAACUCAUUGACAUCUGCACCAAAAGGUCAUCAUUCAGUCCGAGGAACAGCAUUUACUUAUCGUGAAUACAUUGUUUAUCGUUAUGGUCAAGCUCUACCAUAUUUAAAAGUUAUUUAUACAGCUUGA